AUGUUCAACAGACACUCUUCCACGAAAAAAUCAUGUCCGGAGCUACUUCGAGCUCCUCCUCCGUGUUGCCUUCCGGCAGUACAACUAGGCAGUUCAGCACAAGGAUCACGAAAAACGCCGAACGUGAAAAUUUCGACCACUACCACAACACGGGCGACAGCGCGACGAAUGAUGGUCCUAAGGAGCUUUUCACAGACAAUGACCCAGCCACGACGAUUAAGGGUUGUGGCUUCAAAAACAAACUCACCGCAGAACUCACCCUGCACCUCAUCCAGCAGCCGGGGUCAAGCUACAAGCAGUAUUGGACGGUAA